AUGCUUCUCUCCCAUUAUCCUCCAGAUUUAACCAGUCAACUAAGACAUGCAGUGAGGAAAUGAAUCUUCCACUACUGAUUUCAUUCUCCUGGGCCUCUUCUUAGGCUCCAGGCAUCCUGACCUCCCCAUUGCUAUCAUCCUCUUCAUUCUCAUGGAAGCCAUCACUGGAAACUCAGUCUUGGACCUACUGAUCUGGGGUUAUACCCACCUCCACACCCCCAUGUACUUCCUGCUCAGCCAGCUCUCCCUCAUGGACCUCAUGCUAAUCUCUACUAGUAUUUCCAAAAUGAUUACUGAUUUAUUCUCUGGAUGUAGUUUCAUCUCUCGCAUUGGCUGUGGAGUUCAAAUGUUUCUUUACUUGAUGCUAAGAGUAGCUGAAUGUGUUCUCCUGACACUCAUGGCCUUUGACUGCUGCGUGGCCAUCUGUAGCCCCCUCAGAUACCUAGUCAUCAUGCCCCCAAGAGUCUGUUGGAAAAUGGUCACUGGUCCAUGGGCUGGAGGUAUGCUCAUCUCCCUUAUGUACAUAAUUUAUGUCAUGUAUUUCUCUACUUGUGACUACAGGAAAAUUCACCAUUUCUUCUGUGAAGUGGUGGCCUUUUUGAAGCUCUCUUGUGAGGAUACUUCAACAUAUGAGAAGGUGGUAUUGGCAUCUGGCAUUGUUUUCUUUCUCCUCCCUUUCUUCCUGAUCUCCUAUAUCCUCAUAUUUCUCACUGUGCUCCACAUGAACUCACUUGAGGGCAGAAAUAAAGCUCUAGCCACCUGCUCUUCUCACCUCAGUGUGGUGAGCCUAUGCUUUGGUCCAGCUAUGAUCAUCUACAUGACUCCAGCUUCCUCUCUCCCCGAUUUGGACCAGCAUUCCUUUGUGUUUGAUGUAAUUAUCACUCCCAUAUUGAACCACCUCAUCUGUAGUCUGAAGAACAAGGAUGUAUUGGAGACUCUGAGGAAGGUUCUCUGGAAAAGGCUUAAAGAGAAAAGAUAA